AUGGACGAGAAUAAGUGCUUCUACAUCACGGAGAAGGGGAAGAAGCAGAAUUUCAGAAACAUCAAGCUGAUCACCUUUGACCUGGACAACACCAUAUGGAACAUCGAUGGCUUGUUGAACUACGCAGACACUGCGUGCUACAAAUACAUGAAGGAACACUACAAGAGAGUGUAUGACUACCUUCAGGAGAAGUACGAUCUGUCCAUAAACAAAUUGGUGAAAGAGCUAUUGGAUAAAAAACCACAUGUGAGUAAAGAUGGGGUUAAAAUUUUAACACACAUUCGAAUAGACGCUUUAAAAUAUUUAGCCCAACAAACAAACUACGAUGAGGAGAAAUUCGUAUCGGAGAUACAGGCACUGUGGAAGAAGAAGAAGAACGAUGUGCAUUUAUUUAUAAGCCCAGGCACGUUGGAGUAUUUGAGGGAACUCAAAUGUAGGGGCUAUAUCUUAGGAGCCAUUACAAAUGGAGACUCAGAUGUACAUGAGAUCAAAUUUUUAAAUGAAAUUUUUAUCUUUGUCGUUAGGUCAAUGGAUUAUCAUUGUUGCAAACCUAAUGUGGAGAUUUUUAAUAUAGCAGAAAAUAUUUUGAAAAAAAAAAAUUUCCAUUUGGGGAUUGACCAGUGGAUGCAUGUAGGGGACGACGUACACACAGAUAUCAUGGGCGCAAAAAAUAAAAAUAUUAAUUGUGCAUGGAUUACCAUGUUUAGGCAUGGUAGAGAGGUCUCCCCUAAUGAGUGGUACCCCUACGUGAAAUUGAAGCUGGAGGAAAAAGAUUGUGACACACAGUUAUCGCAGCAUGACCCCUUUGCGGAUAGUCUCUUUUCUCGCUUUCAUAACAGGGACGUCGUUCUUCCAUAUGAGUACAUUGACAUUGAGAUACGUCACUGCCGGGACUUGGACGCCGUCCUGGCGUAG